AUGUCUGACAGCCAACAAAAUCAGAGGAGAAGCACAGAAGGCUGUGGAAGUGUUGUUGCUUGUCAGAAUGCAGAUAAUAUGAUGAAAGAAAUGCAUCAGUCAUACAAAGGGGAAAAUAGUCAAAUAGCACCAACAUCCAGGCCACAGCCAGACCAACAAGUGGGAUGUUUUCCAAGUAAAAAUCAGUUGGCAUUACAGAGGAGGCAUGACACUUCUUUACCUUUCUUCCCAAAGAAAGAGAAGAUGGGAUGUGGCUUUGACUUCAGCUUUCUGCUACAGCCCUCAUGCCCAGAAUCUAACACUUCAAAAUCCUUUCUGGAUUUAGGUACUUUUCAGAUAAUGAAAGCACAAAUACAACAAAGGUUAAAUAUAACAACGCUAAAAAACAGGAACAAGAGAUCUGAGUUUCAUUUGCCACCAGUGACAUUUCAGGCUGUAAGAACAAUUCAUCUUGCUCCUCUAGAGGAUGACCUUGUCAAUGAAAGCACCAACAUCAGAAAUAUUUUAAAUAUUAUGACCUCUAUUCCUCAGCCUAUAAAACCAGUUACUAAAUUUUAUCAGCACCAGUUAGACAACCUGUUAAAAAGGCAAAGUGAAAAGUCAUCAGACUUGAUUGUGGCUACUAUUUCUGAUAAGUUCACUCCAGUGACAGACCUGUACUACUUCAGCAUGAGUAACUGCUGUAAGUACCCUGACAACAAGAAAGAAGAAACUAAAAGUGAUUUAGAAUGGAGAGAAGCUGAUGUAACCACUCACACUGAAAAGAAUGACCAAGCCAAGUCCCAGUGUGCAGUGGUUUGUAAGAACAUUGCUCUUACGCCCCGGGCCAGGUUCUGUGGUGACAGUCAUCCCUACUGGAGCUCAAGUAAUGCUCUGGGAAACUGUGGCAUAUUUACAGCUCAGACAACAGUUACAAUGUCAAGUGACAGAGAUGGCAAUAAGCAGAGGAGAGCAGAGAAUUGCUGCAGCACUUGUCUAGAAGAAGGAAAUGCUACAAAGACAAUACUGGAUCACAGACCACACAAAGAUGCUGAGAGAGCAAACUUUGUGCUUGACAAUCAUGAUUUGGAUUCUUCCUGUAAAAAUGAAGUGACAGGGGCCUGCCAUGCCUUAGAAGAUAAAUCUGUGGCUGCAGUACUUCCCAGAGUAGAAGUUCAAGAUCCUUCUGGAAAACAGCCAGAAAAUAAUGUUUAUCACUCUGAAACUGAAAUGGAAAAAGAAAAAGUGUCAGAAGCAACUCCAGAAGACCAAAGUGAGUUUGAACCUGUUGUUCAUGUUACAGUCUCUGAACAUGAGCCAGCCAGGGAGCCACACACUGCUAAACAACCCUCCACAAAAAAGAGUGGUGUCCACAGUCUGCCUCCUUGUAGUCCUCAGAGCUUUAACAUUCUUGGGCACAAAGAAAAUGACAAAAAUAAAAUAAAACCAAAUAGAAAUAAACAUACAUCAAAAACUAAAAUGAAUAGCAAGAUAAAGAUAUCUGAAGACAUCAGUGCUUCUAAUGAGAUUACCACAAAAUGUAAUGCCAAGGGUCGGAUUUUUCCAGCUUUGAAACUGCCACAAGUGAAAUCUGAGGCUUCCCUGAAGUGUCAGAACAAACCUCAUCAGGUAGGCAAAGACCAUUUUGCUCAGAGAGCUCAGAGACUUAAAAAGCAAAGCUGCUCCUGUAGCUGCAAAAAUCCAGUUAUCCUAAAGCAACAUGUUACUCCACUUUCUCUGCCACAUGCCCAGUCUGCUCCAGAUUUUGUGGAUCUGAAAUACAGUGACAUGUUCAAGAAAAUCAAUUCAAAUGACCAAGGCCCAGGGAUUUAUGAAAUGUUUGCAACUCCUGUCUAUUCCCACAUGCGAGAACUCAGUCAGCAUCAGAGCAGACUGUACAAAGGUGUUUGCCCUGCUCCACCUGGGACAUGCACUGCUGGCACCUGCAGAUGUACCUGCAGUAAAGGGAGAGAGAGCAGCAGAGUGAGAAACAUGCAAAAGAGAACACAGUUGAAACCAAAGAAGACCAUACCUGGCACUAAACAGAAGCAGAAAGGUUUAAUCACCAAGGGUGCAAGUACCAAGUUGAGUGACAGCAACACAGAGCAAGAUAAAGCAGUAACUUCUGAUUUGGAUUUACAACUAGACACAUCAAGGAACACAACACUGUUUCAUGGACACACAGAUCAUCAGAUCCCAGUUUCAGAAGAGCUUUCACAGCCAACUAAGCAAAAUGAAGUUUUUUCAAAUUCAAACUUACCAACUAUUAAAGAAGUAUCUUUGGAGCUGUCUUUAGACAGUCAGAAUAUAUCCAAGCACCAGAGGGCUGCUACCUGUAGCCAGAACCUUCCUCAGUUCAGUGAUAAAGACAACAGAGAAGGUGUUGCUCCAAGCAGCAGUCUGCAAACAACAGACCAGAACAUCUGUGCAUCCCAGAUGGAUGGCAGCAAAGGCCUGGAAUCAGACCAGGUUUCCUCUGAGUCUAUCAAUGACUGUGAAGCAUUGCCCUUUUCAGACAGGCUGGAGUGUCAAUCCCCUACAAAAGAAUCAAAUCUCAGUUGGGCAUACACACCUCAGUGCAGUGGUUUGGCCAAUGAAUUGGCUCAGCCUUUGGUGAUUUGGGCAAAAACAAGUCCCAGUUUCCAGGCAAGUCAAAAUACUUUUUCCUGGGCAGAUAAUAAGGAUGUGACUGAUGAAUUGCUUUGCUGCCUGGCUGAAGAAUUGCUAUUGCUUGAGGAAACAGACAUCAGCUCUUCAAGAACAAAAAACACAGGUUCUAAAAUGCAAAAGGCACACAAUGAAGAAGAUGAAAACAUGGUGAAUGGAGAUGAAGCAAUAGUAAAUAGUGCCCUAGAGAAGAGUUACAGUCAAGCCUUUGUGGCAUCGAAUGAAGAAAGUGACCUGCUAAAAUUUGAUGGAUCUACUAAAUUACCAGGAAGCAGUUUAACUAACCAAGAUCCUAUCAUGUGGACAAGAGGGGAAGUCCUUGGAAAGGGAGCCUACGGCACGGUGUACUGUGGGCUGACAAGCCAGGGACAGCUAAUAGCUGUGAAACAGGUUGUUUUGGAUACAUCAGAUCAACUCACUACAGAAAAGGAGUACCAGAAGCUGCAUGAGGAAGUUGAUCUUUUGAAGACAUUGAAGCACAUCAAUAUUGUAACUUACUUAGGAACCUGUCUGGAAGACAACAUGUUGAGCAUUUUCAUGGAGUUUGUUCCUGGUGGUUCCAUUUCCAGUAUUAUCAACCGCUUUGGCCCCUUGCCAGAAGUUGUCCUUUGUAAAUACACCAAACAGAUCCUACAAGGAGUUGCAUAUUUACAUGACAACCGUGUGGUACACAGAGAUAUCAAAGGCAAUAACGUUAUGCUGAUGCCAAAUGGGAUAGUGAAGCUGAUCGACUUCGGCUGCGCCAGGCGCUUGGCUUGGGCAAGCCUCAGCGGCACCCGGAGCGAGGUGCUCAGGUCUGUGCAUGGCACUCCCUACUGGAUGGCACCAGAAGUGAUAAACGAGUCUGGAUAUGGAAGGAAAUCAGACAUCUGGAGCAUUGGCUGCACCGUGUUUGAGAUGGCAACAGGAAAACCACCACUGGCUUCCAUGGGCAGGAUAGCAGCCAUGUUCUACAUCGGGGCCCACCGCGGGCUGAUGCCUUCCCUGCCAGAGCCAUUCUCCAGCCCUGCAGUGGAUUUUGUGCACGCAUGCCUCACCAGAGAUCAGCACGAACGUCCUUCUGCUCUGCAGUUGCUGGACCACCCCUUUGUGACAGGAAGACAGUGA